GCGGUGAUUUCCAGUGUGCCACCCGGUAACAUAGUGUUCCAGGGGAAUUGUUUACAUUUAUCUCUGAUCAAUCACAUCGAUCAAAAACAUUUGUAUAAGUAAACAUCAGUGUACGUUUUGCUUUUCAGUAUAGAGUUUCUAAAGAUUCCGGUGAGCUAGAUCAGUAAUUUACUACCAACCUAUCUACUGCGUUGGCAGUUUAGUAUUUGCUAGAAUAUUGUGCUCACUGCGAGAAUAUUUUGAAACAAACGAGAUAUGUUUUAUUAUUAUUCACAGACUGCGAACACCAUGUAGCUGUACGCCAUCAAGGGAAGUGCGCGAGUGAUAUUACUACAGGAAGGUGUUCUUAGUUGGAUUGUUUCGGAUUUUAAGCAAAAGCAGACGACAAAAUGGUGACAGGAGAAAGAUUGACAAUUACGCUGUCCGGCGGCGCCCCAUGGGGAUUCCGGUUACAAGGAGGGGGAAAUUAUCCCUUGGAAGUGGCAAAGAUUCGCAAGAACAGUCACUCCCAGGAGGCGGGUCUAAAAGAAGGUGAUAUAAUUAUAAGUAUCAAUGGUCAUCCGGUGUCAAGCAAGUCUCAUCAGUCAGCAAUGGACAUUGUUGAAAUGGCCAGUGAUUCAAUUGUGUUUGAAGUGGCAAGACCUGCAGGAUUUCACGGAUCUUCUAAACCGCUGGAUCCCCAGCGACAUCCUCGCAUCAUUCCGAUGGUUUCCGGUUUUGAGAACGCUGCUCCGGGAAUAGUGACUUCCGCUCACGGGGGUUACACUUCCACAGAGGGGAAUACAAGAAAAGAUGUAUACACAGAUGAGUACACGAUGAGAACCGGUGAUGGUCGGAGGGUAACUAAAACGGUCACCGAACAGAGAACUACACGUUACGGUGGUAGCAGUGGUGGAGUGUCACCGGCUGUGAGUCAUACUAGUCUUGGCUCGACAGAGCACAAGAGCCGAUCUCCCAACCGGUCACCACUCGUAUGGCAACCACCAUCUCUUAACAGAGCAAAUAUUCAAAAAAGUCAGAGUUCAUUAGAUAUAUCGUAUGGUCAUAAGAAAUCGUCGCCAGUGAUGUGGCAACCGCGGAGCUUGUCUCCUUCCCCAGGGUCACACGGCCGCCCGGCGUCGGUCCAGUCCGGAAGUCUCGACAGAAUGAGUCUCAGAAGGAGUUCACGAGAUUCACGAGCAAGUAAAGAAAACGUAGAUCCUUUCAUAUUAAGAGAACAGAAAAAGUGGGAGGCAACCCAUAGUUUUGAUACACCGAAAUAUAAUAACUAUAAUGAUUAUAGACCAGGAGGUAUGAAAUAUGUCCCGCCUAAAAUGGACGACCCGAACUAUCCUAUGUUUGAACUGCCGAAAAAAGUAGAAUGGACCCCACCAAAGAUUAAUGUGCCCCCUGCGCCCAUUAGUUCGCCAGAGAAAAAGUGGGCCCCACCAGUGCCUCCUAAGCCUGUUUCAACUUCGCCAUCACCCAUUCCAUUUGAUCCUUCAGAACGGGAAGUUGCUGGUGUCAAUACGCAUCACCCAGGAAUGAUUCGCCCCCCGGUACAGCCAAACCUGAUGCCAGCACCACCACCGCCACCCCUCCCACCAUCACCAUCAGAGAACCCAAGGUUCAAUGUAGUAUCGAUACAGUCAAAAUUUGAGCCAGGACACUUCUCGACGCCAAACCAACCAGGUUAUGAUGAACCGGAUCCGGCAGAACGGCCAACACAUCUGCAUGUGUUCCAGCCGAAAGUGAUGUUUACUCCCGACGAGGACAGUGGUAUGGCGUCUCCUGACAGAUAUGAUGGGUUCAGUGACAUCUCUGCACACAGAAAGAAGAUAUUUUCGGACUCGGCGUUCUACGACGAUGCAACGAACAGGUAUCCGACAAUUGACGAACAGAUGUCAAUGUGUAAGAAGAUAGCACAAUCACUGACAUCGUUUGCCAAUAAUCGAGCGAGAGGGGCGCGCAUGUUUGCAAGGCGAAAACGGAAAGCAAACAAGUGGAUUCAUGAACGGCGGGGUUUCGGCAGCGAGUUCUCGUCGUCUGCAGGUGAUGUGGCGGAUUUAAACGAUCUGGAUAGUGAACUUUACUACGACGAAGGGGGAAAUAAACCUUUAUUUACGUUUAGAAUUCCGAAAGUGGCGAGCCAGGUCAGUACAGGCCAGAGAAUGAGUUUGUCAAAGCAGGAGUUUGAGCGUUUAAGGUUAUCCGCACCGAAAGUUGACCAUCAUGGCGUCUCACCAAACACGUGUUUUACUAUUGCAGCAGAUUUGCAUAAAGGCGGAAAAAACAGGGGUGCUAAAUUAUUCCAGAAGCGACAGCAGAGAGUUGAAAAGUUUGUUAUUGACGACACUAAUGUAUUAAAGUCACCAACUUCAACGAAACUGGACUUUAUUGUUCAAAAUCCUCCUCAACCGUCGCCGGAAAAGUCUCCAUGGAGUGCGGCUGCACAGGGUGACGUCAGUAAAGCAUUUACGCCGCACCCGCUUCAUUCGAUGCCGUUACAGCCGCUCCCUAAACACAAUCUUGAAGCCGAAAACCAACCCAAGCUAAUUGGUGGAAAGAAUUUCAACAAGAGAGCGCAGGGAUGGCAAGGUUUUGGUCCAGGCGUUCAACAGCAAUCGUACUAUAGAGAAUCACAUGAUCCGUCAACUGGAACCAGUCGUAGCGAGUGGUACCAGGAGCAGUCUUCCGCCCAGUCUUUCAACCCAGACGCACACCCAAGACAGUUAGACCAAUACGGAAACUAUAACCGCCUGAUUAAAGCGUUCCCUGAACAGGAAAAACCUGAAAGGAAACCCGUAGAACAAGGGGACUACAACCGUAGAAUCAAGGCGUGGCCAGAACCUCAGGAAACGCCUCCCCAGACAACCCUUGAGUAUGGAGAUUAUAAUCGUAAAAUAAAGGCGUGGCCUGAGAGCGUACAAUCUACCUUACCCAAACAGUCAUCGCAGCAGUCAUCUUACAGUGUUCAGUCAAGUUAUUACAGUCUUCCACGGGGGUUUAAAGCUGGUGGAUCUAAUCCAAAGCAAACUGUUCAGCAACAUCAUCAGCAGUUUCGCCAAGUUUAUCAACAACAGGAACAGUUGCCUGGGUGUGAUUUGUGACCUUUUUUUCAUAUCCAUUAUGGUGACAGUAUGAGUGAUGUCAGACAACUUUAGCUCAGAACAAUUUUUGUAAAAGUGUUAUGUGCUUAGAAUGUCAGUGAUAUGACCUAUGCUCCACAUUAUCUUGUAUAUCCCAAUUCCCAAGAAAAAACGAAUGCAGAAAAAAAAGUCACCGUUUAUAAUAUGUUGAGACAUUAACUUGUUUUCUCAAAGUUCCUCAAUAUAUAUAAUCACGGACGCCUGGAGAUGUUCUUGUACAUUCCGCAGGGAAGUUAUAACCCUCCAUGUAGUCGUGAUAUAGCAGAUUCUACCUGGCAGUAUUUUACCUGAUUCUAUAUGUACUGCACGUCAGCACAGCAACUCUAUGCCAAGGACAUUGUGUAGGUGUUCUCCUUGUAUUCUACCGUAUUUAUCCAUUUAACCGAGUCUAAUAUACCAAUUUAAUCUGCGAUCGCCAAAGUACGUAAAGAAAGGCGAAAUCGUCAUAAAUGUGCAUCAUUUACUGAAUAAAAACGGCAGGAAAUGCAACUAUAUGUUUAAUCAUAAGAGUUAUCAUGAUAAUUAAAUGGUUCUUUGCCAAUUUUUUCAGUUCAGUAUGGCAUACUACAAAUGUGAUAUUUCAAGUUGCAGUUACAUGAAAUGAAUUGGCUGCAGAUUGUCCAAUUUAUUACUUUAACAUCCCUCUGUGAUAUAAUAAGUACGUUUUUGUUUUGCUGUUUAAGAAGUUAAUUGUGGUUCGGUUGUGAAGAUGUCUUUGAAUUUUUGUAAAGUUGUUUUAUUUGUAUGUAUGCCAGUAUAUUAGCGCAAAACAAUGGGGAAAAAUUGUUCAUUUUCUUCCAUAACACAUUGCGUUGCAAAGGUUCAGGGACUUGUUGUCGUGUGUAUCAGUAGCGGUGACCGUGACCUUUGACCUAUACUUGAUUUUGACUAGAUUUUAUGAACAUAUGACAAUUUCUUCUUGGCCUUGCUCAUUGCAGGGGUUUGUGAUUUUCUCUAGCACUGUAAAUCACUCUCUCCUGUUUGCGUCUUUCCCAUUUUUUUUCGACAAUUUCGGACGAACCAAUAAUGGGUUGGAAUAGUAGUCACGUGGUUUGUACAUGUGGCAGUUUGAUGUGAAUGUUUAAAAAAUUAGCGACUGGCCUAGUCUCAGUUUUUGUUAGACUAAGAAAAAGAAACUUUCGUCCUGGUUGUAGACCAAACAUCGCUGGUUAUAUUAGCUGGAAUAUACAUAAUAGUUAUUUUUCGUACUGUAACAUAACUUUUGUAACUUAGCAAUUGUGUUUCCUUCAAUGUAAUUAUGUUAUGUAAUUGUUAUUUAUUUGAUCGUUUUCUCUGUAAAUUUAGAUUUCCAAAAAGUAUCACUUAUUCGCACGUGAUAUAUUUAUUUAUUACAUAUAUUAUAUAAUUAUAUAUAUGCACGUGUAUAUUGAAAUAUGGAGUGUUAAUCUUGUCAAAGUGCAAUAUUCAUAUAUAUUUAGUGUGUGAUAAAAAAAAAACUGAAAAAGCUAUGUAUCAAACACUUUCGAUCAACCACAGUUUUCAUAUAAUAAAAAUUGAAAAUAC